CGAAGCUCCUCCCUGCUGAUUCUGGAGCGCGUGAGUGAUUCAGUCGCAUUGUUUGAGAGGAGCGGAUCAAAAGCCCCACACCGAGAACCUCCUCUUCUCAUGGAAAUAAAGUGUCUGCCUCUCGUUCACCCCAGUUUCUGGAAUGCAAAGAAGUCGAGCACGAGAGAAGUUACUGAGAAAAGUUACGAGUGAGGAGCACGCGGGACCGGGGUACUGGAGAGACCCUGUGGAGGCGCGGACCCCCGGGCGCGCGCACCCGCUGAAUGAGGGCGUUUAUUUAGAGAGGUCGAUGCGGAAUUGCUGAUAGUUGACCAUGCUCGCCUCUGCACUGUGCGCGGUUGUGUUCGGGCUGCUGUGCGCGGGGCUCUCCGCGGGCGCGUCGCCGUGUCCCGCCGGCUGCGAGUGCUCGGAAGCCGCGCUCACGGUCAAAUGCGUCUCCAAAGAUCUGCGGGACAUACCGAGCCGCAUCCCGAGCUACACCAGAAACCUCUUCAUCACCGGAAACCGCAUCAGCCAGAUCGGACCCGAGUCUUUCCAGGGACUGGAGAACGUGACCAAUUUAUCACUGUCUAACAACAGGAUCUCAGAAGUGAAGUCUCACACGUUUUCUAGCCUGCAGAGCCUCAGAUCGCUGGACCUCAGCAACAACCAGCUGGCCGUCAUCCAUCCUGAGGCGUUCACCGUCCAGAGCCGCAUGCUGAGGGAGCUCAACCUCAGUCGGACUCUCUACAAUCACUCGUCCGUCAUCGAUUUAGCCACCUCUCUUCGCUGGAGCAGCCUGGAAGACCUGCUGGGACUGGAUCUGUCCAGUAACGGCCUUGUCUACUUGCCCCCGGGCAUCUUCUGCCAUCUUGCCGGCCUGCGGCGCCUUCAGCUUGGCAACAACUCGAUAGUGUCCAUCCAUAACGGGACGUUCACAGGACUGGAUCACCUCCAGGAACUCGACCUCACCCACAACGCCCUCAGGACCCUGCGUGAAGAGGCUCUAAAAGAGCUGGAGCAGAUGCGUUCGGUGAGGCUCCACCUGGCGGAGAAUCCUUACACCUGCACAUGCGACAUCGAGCCUUUCGCCGCCUGGCUGAACAGCUCACGAGCGCGAGUGGUGGACGUCGAGCGCCUGACUUGCGUGUUCCCAGUCGCCUUGCAGAACACAUCACUACUGGCGGUGGGUCAACUGGAGUUGGGUUGCCAUAAAGCGGGAGAAAGUGACAAUCUCGCACUGCAGACCUCUUACGUGUUCCUGGGUCUCGUGCUGGGAUUUGUCGGGCUCAUGUUUCUCUUUGUGCUCUACCUGAACCGCAGAGGUAUUAAGAAGCGCAUCUACGACAUGCGCGACGCAUGCCGGGAAGUCUGGGAAGGGUACCACUACCGAUACGAGAUCGACUCCGAUCCCAGACUGUCGCAAUUCUCCUCAACAGCUGAUGUGUGAGCACUUCCCACACUGAGCUUCUUAUAUAAACUAGUUUUCUAUUGCAUUUAUACGUGGAAAACGUCCAUUUGUGGCGCACAGUGUUACAUUACAAGUAACGCGAGUUACGUAAUCAGAUUACUUUUUUCAAGUAACUAGUAAAGUAAUCCAUUACUUUUAAAUUUGCGAUGAAAUGUCGGAGUUACUUUACCGGUGUGCAGAGGCGCACUUCAUUCAGCCUGAGGCUUGUCCAUUUCAUUUUUGGUGUGAAAGGACCCUUAUGGUGGGCAAAAAAAAAACAACAACAAAAAGUUAUUGUUAUUAAAAAACAAAUAAGCAAGCCCAGCCCAGGGGACGAAAAGUAACGCAAAAGUAAAGUAAUGCAUUGCUUUCCAUAAAAAGCAACUAAGUAAUGCAGUUAGUUACUUUUCAUGGAGCAUUGCAAUAUUGUAAUGUAUUGCUUUUAAAAGUAACUUUCCCCAACACCAUGGUGGUGAUCAUGUAGACUUAUUUAAAUCUUGUAGAAAGCAUGUACUGCCUGUCUCGUCGAACCCUUUAUAACAAGCACACCUCCCCCUCAAGUCUGCACAGAAUUGGCCCUGAGAUGCAUUUGCCUCUCAGUCAUCAUGGGAUGUUUGAGGAUUAGCCCAAUAAAUGGGCAGAAGCCAUAAAGUACCUCUGACCACCACCAACAACCCCCCCCCACUAGUCUCCAUUGUCCUGUGCUGGAACAUUGCCCACCUCUCUGGUGCUCAAGUGCCUUGUUCAUUGGAUUUAAGAGACUGACCAGCUAUUAAAAGGAUAACCGUUAUAUAAAUACAUGUUUAAUAUGCAGUUGUGAAGUUUUGAGAACUGUUUUAUUGCAUGCUCCUGCAGCCUUGUUUUUAUGGAAGUGAAUGCAUUUUUUCGCGUCGGACCCCGCGCAACCAAAUUAGCAGCUUUCUGUGGUCCUUUCUGUCCCUCUAUCCACAGGGAGUCUGCGAAGAAUGUGCCAGAUUUUCGCUCCAAAAGCAUUCCAGCAGGAGGAUAACCUCCUCUGAGCUCUAGAAAAAGGAUCUUUUGAAGAAAGAGACCCAGUUUGCAGAAAUCUCCAGCUGCUUUUUUUCUUUUUUAGUUUAAAAGAGAUGUUUUGCUUAGUUUUUAUUCCACUCAUUUUUAUUGUCAGAAUGAUGAGAACCAGGCCUCACGAGGGCCGCUGAGCGAGACCCCUCCUCCGUCAAGCCUGUUCGCUCUUUGAAGACUCAGUCUGGCUCAGUUCCUCACAUGUUCCCCAGCUUUUUCUGUUUAAGGGACUUCACGGUGAUAAGAUACAGAUGAAGCUGGGGCCGUUGUGCUGAACAGUCCCCUGCUCUGUUUCUGAGUACUGUUUCCACAUGUGCAAGACUGAAAAGAAAUAUGCUUGAUGUGUUGUGCCGAUGUGCUGGACUUCACUGUCUGGAUAAUACGGUUUUAUGCAACAUAUGUUUUUUAAAAGAUACAGACUAUUUAGACAUUGAGUGAAUCUCACAAAAACGGUCAAGUGUAAAUUAAUGUGCAUUUCACCUUAUCAAAAAGGAAAAAAAAUAAUAAUUCUGCAUAAACAGCCAAAAAAAAAAAUAUACUAUUUGCAUUGUGACAUUUUAAGGACAACAUAUUACAGUAAUAUAUAUAACAGUAAUUAGACUUGAAAUAUAUAUAUAUAUUAUAAUGACAAUAUUACAAUAUUAUAUUUUUAUUACAUAUAAAUUAUUUUAAUUAUCUUGAGUGAAACGGAAUAUUUCUUUGUGAGAUUCACUCAUUUGUCAAUGUUUUGGAAAACACAGUUGUGGAAAAGCAUCGUAUCUUUGCUUGUAAUGACAGCAUCUUUGUGCCUGAUGAACUAUUCGAAACGAUGAUAUUUGGUACAUGAAACUUCGCAGACAUUUGGACCGUCUUCCAUUGUGUUUUUCUAGCUUUAUACUCAUGUGUUAUUCAUUAUAUUCAAAUGAGCCUUUCUCUAAAGAGGUAGGGAAAACCUUUUAAGUGGGAUGCCAAAAGCAAAAUGUUUACUCAUGAAUUUAUCAGGUAUCCAGUGCAAAACAAAACCUUUGUGGAUGUGUCAUGCAUGGCAUGGACAAAUAAAUGGUCUUUCUUCAGGGCAGAGUUUAGUUUGCAUGCUGAAAAAAAUAAAGGUUUUUCAAUUUGAAA